GUGAGAGUGUUGACUUAAUUUAAUUUGUAUGUAAUGUGCUUUGUUUGUACAAGCAAGGCAAUUCACACUUGUGCACAUGAGGGCUACUCACGAGAACUGGCAAAUUGAGUGUGGCGCUAUGCCAGAGCGAAGUGGGCACGGCACGCUCCAAGUUUUUCUCAUUUCGCGGCUUCGCCUCAACAUAUCAACGCAUAAUAAACAAUCAACAAAUGUAAACAAACAAAUCUUGACGGCGAAGCGGCUGGCGAAAUCAAACAAGUUGAAGCGGCUACAAACAAAUGCAAGAAGCCAGCACUUCCAUGGCGUCUUCCGUUACUGCGCAAGUAUUCGUCAUGUUGCUAAGGUAGCUUCCGGUCACAUGGCUUAGGCGCUGGAAAGCCCGUUUGCCGAGGUUUACCUGAGGCAGGAUUGAACGUGAAAAAUCAGAAAGUCGGAGUCGCUCGUCGCAAACGGUUGGUUUUCAAAAAUUGUUCGCAUGUAACUGGGCAAAGGAUUAAUAUCAAAUAUACUUGUAUGUGUGUAUGUACACAUUGAUACAUAUACAUAUAUAUAUGUACAUAUAUACAAGCAGAAGUGUAAUGAAAAGGCUUUAAGUGCAGUUAUGUGACUCAAGUUAUGAAUUCAAAUUAUUUCAAACAAUUUUUUACAUCUUAAAACAAAAAAAUAAGAUAAAUACAAUAAUCAUUGCUGAAAAAUAAUAAAAAAGUGCUCAAUGUUAGUUGCGAGUACAAUGAAAAGUUAAAGCCUGAUUUCAUAUAACAAAAGAAUCGAAGUGGCUAUUUGCUAGUUGUGAUAAAAGUGAGAAUUUCGGUUGUGUAAUCGCUCCAAAGUCAGUUCAAGUGUGCGCCCCAAAGCAGAAAUUGCAAGAAACCUAUACACAACAACAGCGAAACCGUUUGCGUCUGUAUGUGUUGGCAAUGUGCAGCAAAAUGUAGUGUUCACCAAAAUGCAAAUUGCCUGUGCUAUUGAUAAAACCGUUUAAAUUUGCUAUACACAAUGUCACAACCGGGCAAACGUGGUGGGCGUGGCGGUGCUGGUGGCGGCAUUGGCCGACGUACGCCUUCGAAUGUGGCUGGCGCGGUCGGCGCCAACACGCCAGAAGAAUCGACCACUGCCAGUGAACGCGCCACACCGGCCAGCAAAGCCGACUCCGAUCAGAAGGACGACAGUUCUAGCAAUGGCGAUAAGAAGGAGGCUGAGGGCUUCCCAACACCGAAGCCACCGAGCGCGGGCGCUUCAAUACGCGACACCUCGAAUAAGAUACUCGCUUUGGCGAUGAAGAGCGAAUGGACACCCAUCGAACAGGAACUGAAGAAACUUGAGAAAUAUGUGGCGAAUGCUGGCGAAGACGGCAAUCACAUACCGCUGGCGGGCAUACACGAUCCGAACACUGGCAUGACGCCACUGAUGUUUGCCACAAAGGACAAUAAGACUUCGAUUAUGGAUCGGAUGAUUGAGCUGGGCGCCGAUGUCGGAGCAAGAAACAAUGACAACUACAAUGCCUUGCACAUAGCGUCAAUGUACUCGCGCGAGGAUGUCGUCAAGUUGUUGCUAAAUAAACGCGGCGUGGACCCAUACUCCACGGGUGGUUCCCGCACCCAAACUGCCGUGCACUUGGUCUCUAGUCGCCAAACGGGCACUGCAACGAAUAUAUUGCGCGCUUUACUUGCAGCAGCUGGGAAGGAAAUUCGCUUGAAAGUAGACGGGAGAGGCAAAGUUCCGUUGCUGCUUGCGGUAGAGUCUGGUAAUCAAUCUAUGGUUAGAGAGCUGCUCUCAGCUCAAACGUCGGACCAACUGAAGGCAACAACGGCUAAUGGAGACACGGCCUUACAUUUGGCCGCCAGACGACGGGACGUCGAUAUGGUGCGUAUACUCGUCGAUUAUGGCACCAAUGUCGACACACAAAAUGGCGAGGGUCAGACGCCGUUGCAUAUAGCGGCCGCUGAAGGCGACGAAGCCUUACUCAAGUACUUCUACGGCGUGCGCGCUUCUGCGUCCAUUGCGGAUAAUCAAGAUCGUACACCGAUGCAUUUAGCUGCUGAGAAUGGCCAUGCGCACAUCAUUGAAAUUUUGGCGGACAAAUUCAAGGCGAGCAUCUUCGAACGCACAAAGGAUGGCAGCACGCUGAUGCAUAUCGCCUCGCUGAAUGGCCAUGCCGAGUGCGCGACGAUGCUCUUCAAGAAGGGCGUCUAUCUACAUAUGCCAAAUAAGAAUGGCGCGCGCAGCAUUCACACCGCGGCCGCGUACGGCCACACCGGCAUCAUCAAUACGCUCCUGCAGAAGGGCGAGAAAGUUGAUGUCACGACGAAUGAGAACUACACUGCACUCCACAUCGCCGUUGAGUCCGCGAAACCGGCUGUCGUCGAGACAUUGCUGGGCUUCGGCGCCGAUGUCCAUGUCCGUGGAGGUACAAUGCACGAAACGCCGCUGCAUAUAGCUGCACGAGUUAAGGAUGGCGAUCGUUGUGCCUUAAUGCUCCUUAAGUCCGGAGCUAGUCCCAAUUUAACUACCGAUGAUGGCCUGACGCCGGUGCAUGUAGCCGCGCGUAACGGUAAUCUGGCAACGCUGAUACAACUCCUCGAAGAUGGUGGCGAUCCACUAUACAAAUCCAAUACCGGCGAAACAUCGCUACAUAUGGCCUGCCGUUCCUGUCAUCCGGAAAUCGUACGUCAUCUCAUCGAGAUGGUUAAGGAGAAACAUGGCCCUGACAAAGCGACCACCUAUAUUAAUUCAGUAAACGACGACGGCGCAACCGCACUACACUAUACAUGCCAAAUCACCAAAGAGGAGGUAAAAAUACCCGAGUCCGAUAAGGAAAUUGUUCGCAUGUUACUCGAAAAUGGUGCAGACGUAACUCUGCAAACGAAAAAUGUUCUGGAGACUGCUUUUCAUUAUUGUGCCGUCGCUGGAAAUAACGACGUUCUGAUGGAGAUGAUUGCACACAUGAAUCCCACUGACAUACAGAAGGCCAUGAAUCGACAGACGUCGGUUGGCUGGACGCCGUUGCUAAUCGCCUGUCACCGCGGGCACAUGGAGCUGGUCAACAACCUUUUAGCGAAUCAUGCCAGAGUGGAUGUGUUCGAUAUUGAGGGCCGUUCCGCCCUGCAUUUGGCUGCUGAACGAGGGUAUCUGCACGUGUGCGACGCUCUGCUCACCAACAAAGCGUUUAUCAAUUCGAAAUCACGUGUCGGUCGCACGGCGCUACAUCUGGCAGCGAUGAAUGGCUUCACGCAUCUCGUGAAGUUCCUCAUCAAGGAUCAUAAUGCCGUCAUCGAUAUAUUGACACUACGCAAGCAAACGCCUCUUCAUCUAGCCGCAGCUAGUGGACAGAUGGAGGUAUGUCAGCUUCUACUCGAGCUCGGCGCUAAUAUAGAUGCGACCGAUGAUCUGGGUCAAAAACCCAUACAUGUCGCUGCGCAGAACAACUACUCUGAAGUGGCCAAAUUAUUUCUACAACAACAUCCAUCGCUGGUGAAUGCCACCAGUAAGGAUGGAAACACCUGCGCACAUAUCGCUGCAAUGCAGGGUUCGGUGAAGGUGAUCGAGGAGCUAAUGAAGUUCGAUCGUUCUGGCGUGAUAUCGGCUAGAAACAAAUUGACUGAUGCCACACCGCUACAACUGGCGGCCGAGGGUGGACAUGCGGACGUGGUGAAGGCGUUGGUGCGUGCGGGCGCCUCUUGCACGGAUGAGAACAAAGCUGGCUUCACUGCGGUACAUUUAGCGGCACAGAACGGUCAUGGCCAGGUAUUGGAUGCGUUGAAAAGUACCAAUUCUUUGAGGAUAACCAGCAAGAAAUUGGGACUGACGCCGUUGCAUGUGGCAGCCUACUACGGACAAGCGGACACCGUGCGCGAGCUAUUGACGAGCGUGCCGGCGACAGUGAAAUCUGAACCACCGACUGGACAAAGCCUCUUCGGUGAGUUGGGGGCGGAAUCUGGCAUGACACCCUUACAUUUGGCAGCAUUCUCGGGAAAUGAAAAUGUGGUGCGACUGCUACUGAACUCGGCUGGAGUGCAAGUAGAGGCGGCAACGACAGAGAAUGGUUAUAAUCCACUCCAUUUGGCUUGCUUCGGUGGUCACAUGUCAGUGGUUGGCUUACUUCUGAGUCGCUCAGCAGAACUCCUCCAAUCGACGGAUCGUCAUGGCCGGACCGGUCUACACAUCGCCUCCAUGCACGGCCAUAUACAGAUGGUGGAGAUUCUGUUGGGUCAAGGCGCAGAGAUAAAUGCCACCGACAAAAAUGGUUGGACGUCACUGCAUUGUGCUGCCAAAGCCGGCCACUUGGAAGUUGUGAAAUUACUAUGUGAGGCAGGCGCCUCACCCAAGUCGGAGACGAACUACGGUUGUGCGGCAAUAUGGUUUGCCGCUUCCGAAGGCCACAACGAUGUGCUGCGGUAUCUGAUGAACAAAGAACACGAUACAUACAGCCUAAUGGAAGACAAACGGUUUGUGUACAACUUAAUGGUUGUCUCCAAAAAUCACAACAACAAACCGAUACAAGAGUUUGUACUGGUCUCGCCCGCACCUGUCGAUACCGCAGCGAAGUUAUCGAAUAUCUAUAUAAACUUAUCAACAAAGGAAAAAGAACGCGCCAAAGACCUAGUAGCCGCCGGCAAACAAUGCGAAGCAAUGGCAACCGAGCUGCUGGCACUUGCUGCCGGUUCUGACUCGGCAGGCAAAAUACUUCAAGCCACCGACCGGAGAAAUGUGGAGUUCUUGGACGUGCUCAUCGAAAACGAGCAAAAAGAAGUUAUUGCACACACUGUAGUUCAGCGCUAUCUGCAGGAACUCUGGAGAGGGUCACUAACAUGGGCAUCAUGGAAAAUAUUGCUACUCUUAGUCGCAUUUAUUGUAUGCCCGCCUGUUUGGAUUGGCUUCACCUUCCCGAUGGGUCACAAAUUCAACAAAGUGCCUAUUAUAAAGUUCAUGUCCUAUCUCACUUCACACAUAUACCUAAUGAUUCAUCUAAGUAUUGUGGGCAUAACGCCCAUAUAUCCGGUGCUACGGCUAAGUUUGGUCCCCUACUGGUACGAAAUUGGGCUACUUAUUUGGUUGAGUGGCCUACUUUUGUUCGAGCUGACAAAUCCAUCAGACAAAUCUGGAUUGGGAUCAAUUAAACUGUUGGUCCUGCUACUGGGCAUGGCCGGCGUGGGCGUGCAUGUGGCCGCGUUCGUCUUCGUCUCCAAACUAUACUGGCCAACACUAAUCUACUGCCGCAAUCAGUGCUUCGCAUUGGCCUUUCUAUUGGCUUGUGUGCAGAUAUUGGAUUUCCUUUCGUUCCAUCAUCUCUUCGGGCCGUGGGCCAUCAUCAUUGGAGAUCUGCUUAAGGAUCUGGCACGCUUUCUCGCUGUGUUGGCGAUUUUCGUCUUUGGCUUUUCCAUGCAUAUUGUGGCACUAAAUCAGUCAUUCACGAAUCUAAAGCCGGAAGAUUUGAGAGGCUUCGAAAAGCGCAAUCGCAAUCGAGGGUACUUCAGUGACGACGAUAUGCCGACACCGCGUCCUCCCCUCAGUCCCGCUGAGCGUUAUGUCGAUAGUCGAAGUUUAUCGAGCGAAUUUCGUCGCAAGCAUAAAGAUGAUCUGCGCAUGCAUCCGAUUACCUCCUUUGAGUUGCUCUUCUUCGCCGUGUUCGGCCAGACGACAACCGAACAAACGCAGGUCGACAAGAUACUGAACGUGGCCGAGCCCACUCAGCCGUACUGGGUGGAGUAUCUGUUCAAAAUCGUUUUCGGCAUUUAUAUGUUGGUGUCGGUGGUUGUGCUAAUCAACCUGUUGAUUGCCAUGAUGUCUGACACUUAUCAACGGAUUCAGGCUCAAUCCGAUAUUGAAUGGAAAUUUGGCCUGUCCAAGCUUAUACGCAACAUGCAUCGCACAACAACUGCGCCAUCGCCACUUAAUUUAGUUACCACAUGGUUUAUGUGGAUCGUCGAGAAGGUCAAGGCGCGCAUGAAGAAAAAGAAGCGUCCAAGUCUGGUACAGAUGAUGGGAAUACGCCAGGCCAGCCCGCGCACGAAGGCUGGCGCCAAGUGGCUCUCGAAGAUCAAGAAAGACUCGGUGGCGCUAUCCGUGGUACAUCUCUCACCGCUCGGCUCGCAGACGAGCUUCACCGCCGCCAACCAGAACCGUAUUGAGAAUGUUGCCGACUGGGAGGCGAUCGCCAAGAAGUACCGCGCACUUGUCGGCGACGAGGAGGGCGGCUCCAUCAAGGAUUCCGAGGCGGAGAGCGGCUCCGUCGAGGGCAGCGGUGGUGGCGGUACGGGCGCGCCACCGCCGCCGGCACAGGUGGGCAAUAAUGUUGCAGCAGCACCGCCACAAGACCAAUUGCCGCACGUGUAGAGCGCGCUUUUCUCAUACAAAAACUGCAUUCAUUGCGCAUUUGAAGCACAAAACAUGGCUACAUACUCAUACAGUAGAAAGUUGAAGCAUCCAAGCUUACUAUUACCGUUACUAGCAAACUAAUAUUCAAUUAUAUUACAGGUUUAAGUCAACAAGUAAAGUAUGUUGUUAUUGAAAUACUUAAGUAUGGGUGAUUUUGAUAAAUUACGAAAAAUUGUAAGGUUAAGGGUUAGCUAGACGAUUUAGUUAAAAAAAGUUAUCACUAAACUAGAAUUCCAGUCACGUGCUUCAUAUACUUGUAUAGGAAUGUGUAAUGUCUACCCUAGAUAGUAUAAAUAAAGUAAAUAAAUGCCAUGGCGCCUUAAAUACUUAAUAUAGAUUUAUUAUGAAAUUUUAAAAAAUAACCUGCCAAAUGGCUAGAUUAGCGUAGAGUUAAUAUUUGGAAUAAACAACAAAGCAAAAAAUGUUUUCCAGUCGUGAAUAAGGAUAAUUAGAGGCAGAGGUCUUUGAAAUUUGUUGUUUUAAAGGAUUUUAGUCAUAUACUUCACAUUAAAAAUUAGUUUUAGUAUUAAGUUUAUAUGGAUAUCAUUACUAAUCUUACGACCAGCACAUUAAAUACAAGACCCUAAAGUAAAUUUACGAAAUAUGUAAAUAUGUAAUGAUGUUAAUGUACAUUUUGACGAUAUAGUUAUAUUAAGUAUCGAGUUCCUCAUUUCCUUACACAUUUAUUCAGAGUCCAUUUAGGUACAAAUAAUUAUCUUGCACUUACUCAUCGAUCACUCCAUGAACACUGUCGUUGAUUACAUAUUUUUAUAUCUUGAACAGGGUAUAUUAAGUAUAUUUUGUCGCCUUCGAAGUAGACACCACCAAAUAUAAUACAUUUAUGCCAACGAUUUUUCAAGUCCUGGAAAAAGCUUUCAGAAGCACUUUUUGUGAUGGCUCCUUCAGCAGAUUUUGUUUUAUCCCUUCGAUCGACUGAAAACGGGUUCCAUUUCGAUGAUUGUUGACUUGUUUGCCAGUCAAACCCAUAAACCCAUGUCUCAUCGGCAGUUAUAAUGCUAUCCAAGAAUGUGGGAUCGGAAUUCGCACGAUCAAGCAUGUCCAAAGAGACCUGUUUGAAAUAAGUUUACCCUUAGUCGAGCAAGCACGCGUUUAAUACCCAAAAUAUCCAACAAAACUAUUCCAAAGGACUCACGAGAGAUGUCGAUCUCUCUUGCCAUCUCUUUAACACUUGUCUGACGAUUUUCAUGAAAAUUUUUCUCCAUUUUCUGAAUAUUUUUAUCUGUUGAAAAAGUCGAAGGCCUUCCAGAAAGAGGCAUGUCUUGAACGAUCUCUCGAUCGAUUUUGAAAUAUCAUUUACCCGGCUAAUUUAACUACAAUUUGUGGAUGUUUUUGUCACACUCUAAAUGGUCAAAGAGAUGAGUCGAUUAAAUCAUCCUCGUUUAUCGUUUCGUCUUUCUGUCUGUAUAUAUACGAACUAGUCCCUCAGUUUUUGAGAUAUCGAUAUGAAAUUUUUCAAACGUCCUUUUGUCACCAUGAAGCUGCUCAUUUAACGGUACUACCGGUAUCGGAUUACUAUAGCAUAUAGGUGCCAUACAAACUGAACCAUCCGAAUAAAGUGCUUAUACGGAAAACUUUUUUAUUUGACGAGAUAUCUUCACGAAAUUCGGUACAGAAUAUUAUCUUGAAAAAACCCUCAAUGUUCAAGAAAUUUUUUCAGAUCGUACUAGUACUUGAAAAAAUUUCUCUUUCAGAUUUAAAUUUUUAUAAUUUAUUUUCUACUUUAUUAAUAAAUUGACAUUUUAAUAGGAAGUAUACAUAUAUAAAUUUAAAAAAGAACUCGACUAUUCAUAUAAUUUCUAAGGUCCUUGCAUUUUUUGUACUCAUACAUAAACGUAUCACACACAUACUCUAUGGCAACUUAUAUAUAAAAGUUAUUUAGACAAUUUAAAAUAAGAAAAGUAAUAUAUUUCGUAAAAUACAUACAAAUAUUUGUAAGAGCAUCAAUGUGUAAUUUUUAGUCACUACACAAGUCUACCAAAGUUCAGUUUUUGUAUCAAAUUAAUUGUGUAACUGUUAAUUAAAAUAAAAAAAAUUUACUCAAACAA